AUGCAGCAGCACAUCGGCAAGGAAUUUAGCAUCCCGGGCUCGUUCUGGGAAGGCAGCACUCCAGAAGAGGAGAAGCAGCUCUACCCGAUCGAGGUCGUGAAAAUAGAUGGGGCGCACAAGUUCAAAGGGAUAAGGAAUGCGCAGCCGGCGUUUGGCUUCGUCUUAACGCGCCCGGAAGAUCAAGAGCAUAAUCCGACGGGGGGCGACUGCGAGUGGAUCGGGCUCUCGGAAUACAGCAAGUUCCUCGCCGCGUGGGAGGAGGAUCACCCGCCGCCGCCGCCGCCGGCGCCGGCGCCCGCACCCGUGCCCGCGCUCGAGACGGCCGAAGCUGCUGAUGCGGACCUAGAUGCCGACGACGAAGGGCCCAAUUUCUUCGAAAACUCCAGGGCCGCCAUCCGCAAGUGUUUUAGAAAAGCUGAGUUAGUGGAGACGAAAACGAAUGGAAAAGGCAGGACGACGCGCAAAUUCAAAUUCGUCUGUAGGGAUGAAUUCCACGGCGACCCGAAGUGCAAUAAUCAUCCAGCCGCAACCGGUGCAUCAAUCAGUUUCCACUGCGUUCUUCGUGCUGAAUCAUCACGUCGACCGUCACGCCAUCGCCGCGACGUCUUCUCGAUGGCGUGGUGAUGGCCUCGCGUAUAUCCGGUGCGAAGCGCGUCGCCGUGAAAUACGCGCGCGAACUGUUGGGUGACUGGGGACCUAUUGGGUGCUUGUGCACAGGUAACCGUGUGGGACGGAAGUACUGGUGCGCUCAUCAACCACAUGAGGGAUAAUCACUCGACGGAGUUUAAGAAGAUGGUCGAACGAGGCGACAUCAAGGGCACUAGUAAACGCAUGGUGGUCGACGGCAACGUUGUAGAACGCCUCUCGUUCGAGGAGGCGUUUACUCAUCACGUGGACUUCGUGGUCAUGUGCUGCGUGGACGGCAUCCCGUUCUACAGCUCGAGAAAGAAGGGCAUGCGCAAGUACUCUGGAAGGCUCAAGCCGGGCUACGUCCCUCCAGAUCGCAAGACGUGCGUGCGCAUCCUGGAGGCCCUCGACGCCCUCUGCGACGACGAGAAGGCCGUGCGCCUGCAGCGGCACGUCCGGGAGGUCGGCGGCCAGUGUAUCGGCAUGCAGUUCGACAUGAUGACGAAGCACGGCGUCACGUACAUCUCGGUGAACGGCAGCAUCAUCAUUGUGGUCGAAGGGUGCCUCCAGAUGCAGCCCUUCCAGUUCGGCUACAAAAAUUGGCCCGCCAAGCUAGCGAAGGACGGCCAGGCCAUCAACUCGUUUGUAGACUCGUUGUGCGUGCGGCACGGCGUCGACUACCGGAAGGACGUCGGGUCGCCGACGAUAGACGGCGGCUCGGCGAACUGGAAGGCCAUGCGCCUCGGCAAGAAGGACGGUCGAUACUGUGGUGCCCACAAAAUGGGCCGCAAAGUGCUCUACGCCCUGGGCAUGACCAAGACAUCGCAGCAUCUGAAUCCAGAGGGGCCCGGUUUAGUGAAGACGUUCAAACGAUGGGCGGCGUUCGUGAAGAAGUGUCGCCAGUUCGACAAUUCGCAGAAGGACUUCCAGGUCAAGCUCGGCCUGGCCCAGGACUUCGCCUCGGCCAAGACCACUGUUGUAGCGAACGAGACGCGCUGGGACGGCAUCCACCACACUAUUGAACGUUCGACGGACCUCGAGAUACCUAUGUACAAGGCGAAAUCCCUACUCAUCAAUGGCAACGUGCUCGAUAUGAUGGAUUUGGACGACGACGAGAGCUCCGUCGACGCCGACGCGGAGCUACCGCUCGAGGAGGACUCGCUCUCGGACGCUUCUUCAGACUCAGACGUGCGCCACGCGACGCCGUCGCGGGAAAAGAAGUGGGAGGAUCGCGCGGCGGAGCGCUUCCCUGAUAAAAAGGCUUGGAACGGCGGGCAUGGGCUGCGGACCGCGCUGGGCGCCCCCCGUGCCUUUAACAAGCUCAUCCAACAUUCGACGGAACCGACGGUGCACCUCACGUUAAAGUUAGCCCGCGGCGUGAUCAACGCGUCCUCAAGGACCCCUGUAACGAUGACGAAAUGGGUCACGUCAGGCGAGAGCAUGGUUCUAGGAAGAGAGAGAGUGAUGGCGGCGGACCUGCCCCCGGUGGCGCGGAUUACCCGCACGUUGCUCGCGGAGCAGGUCGAGAAGGGCUUCUUCGAAGAUGAUAUCUGCGAGCGGGACCUCGUUGCACUACAUAUGGACGUUACUACAGACCCUCGAAAGAUCCUGAAAAGCAAGCCCCUCGAAACACGCAUGAUCAAGGCCUAUCAGAAAUUAUAUCGGGAGACGGAGCGGUUCCUCGGUGUUGCGCCGCCGAGCCUCCGCCGAGGCCAGAAGAAGAAGCAGCAGCGACGCAGCGGGGAUGAUGGUUUUGACAGUCUGAUGGCCGAGGUGGAGGACCCAUUGAGUUCUGAUGAAGAGAACGACGACGAAGUGCCUGCGACGGACGAGAUGAAUCAAAUUCACGACAUUCGCCAGCGAAAGGGAGACCACCCGGACGUGCAGCGCGCCAUCGUCAACGGGAAGUUCGAGAUUUUGCUUUUCUACUCCCAGGGCCAGUCCCUGCGUCCCGUCCACUACAACAUGGCCCGGCAAGUCUUCGCCGACCAGUCGACUGAGGGUGUGAGUGAGAGUAGCUUUUCGACGCAUGGAAUGUUGGCCUCGAAGCUUAGAAAGGUGUUGGGUCCAGAGAUUGCUGCGAUGAUGGUUAAGGUAGCCAGAAACAUCGAAUGGUUGGGUCCCGACGUGUUGAAGAAGGUGUUCGCCAAGUACAAGGAAAUGUUCCGAGCCGAUCCGGAAGCAUUCAGAGACGAAGGGUAA